AUGCCGCACGACUUGGCCGCGUCUCGCUCCCUCCCCGAGCGCAUCUCGUUCCCUGACGAGGAGCUCAAGAUCCUCGAGCAAUGGGAGAAGCUCGACGCGUUCCAGAAGUCGCUCGCCUUGUCCAAAGAUCGCACGCCUUUCACGUUCUACGACGGUCCGCCGUUUGCAACGGGGUUGCCCCACCACGGCCACAUUUUAGCAGGAACUAUUAAAGACACCGUCACGCGCUAUGCACAUCAGACGGGGCACUACGUCGAGCGUCGCUUUGGCUGGGACUGUCACGGGCUUCCCAUUGAGAAUGAGAUCAACAAGAAAUUAGGUGUCACGACCAAGGAACAGGUGCUGGAAAUGGGCAUUCACAAGUACAAUGCCGAGUGCCGCAGUAUCGUACAACGCUAUACGAGCGAGUGGGAGCGUGUGGUCAAGCGCAUUGGGCGCUGGAUCGACUGCACGAACGACUACAAGACCAUGGAGCCGUGGUACAUGGAAUCCGUCUGGCACGUCUUUCGCACGAUUUUCGACAAGGACUUGGUCUACCGGGGCUACAAGAUCUUGCCCUACUCGACGGCCUGCACGACGCCGCUGUCGAACUUUGAAGCAAAUUUAGACUACCGGGACACUCCGGAUCCAUCGGUGAUUGUCAAUUUUCCACUUGUGGACGACCUGCAAGUGAAGCUCUUGGCCUGGACGACGACGCCAUGGACACUCCCGUCGAACUUGGCGCUGUGUGUGAAUGAAGCGUUUGAUUACGUGAAGAUAAAGGACGUGCAGACGGAAACUGUGUACAUUCUAGCUGAAGCGCGGCUGUGUCAAGUGUACCCCAAGAUGACCAAGAAGGGCUAUAAAGGCGGCGAGUUUGAGGUACUGGAGACGUUCAAGGGAGCUGCACUUGUCGGCAAGCAGUACGUGCCGCUGUUCGACUCUUUUAAAGACUGGCCGAAGGCUUUCCGCGUCCUUUCGGAUAACUACGUCUCGGACUCGGGUGGUACAGGUAUUGUCCACCAGGCUCCCACGUUCGGUGAAGACGAUUACCGUGUCUGCGUGCGGGAAGGCGUGACUGACAAGUUCACGCUGCCUGAUCCGCUUGACGAUAACGGUAUCUUUACAGAUGCUGUGCCGCUCGUGAAGGGCUUGCACGUGAAGAAGGCUGACGAUGUUAUUUGCCAGGAUCUGAAAACGCGUGGACGUCUUGUAUCAAAGGGUACGGAAGUGCAUAGCUACCCGUUCUGCUACCGUUCAGGCACGCCGUUGAUCUACCGUGCUAUCCCUGGUUGGUUUGUGAACGUGGAGCGUAUUCGCGACCGUAUUGUGGCCAACAACAAACUCACGUAUUGGGUGCCGAGCUUUGUGCAAGAAAAGCGUUUUCACAAUUGGCUGGUAGAUGGCAAAGACUGGAAUAUCUCGCGUGGUCGCUUCUGGGGCACACCACUGCCGCUAUGGGUAAGCGAUGACUACGAAGAAGUGGUGUGCGUUGGCUCGAUUGCUGAGCUUGAGGAACUGACGGGCGAGAAAGUGACGGACUUGCACCGUGAGUUCAUUGAUCACUUGACGAUUCCGUCCAAAAAGGGGAAAGGUGUACUCCGCCGCGUGCCCGAGGUCUUUGACUGCUGGUUUGAAAGCGGGUCCAUGCCGUAUGCGCAGCAACAUUAUCCGUUCGAGAACAAGGAGAAGUUUGAAGCUACGUUUCCAGCUGACUUUGUAGCUGAGGGUCUUGACCAGACCCGUGGUUGGUUUUACACCCUCAUGGUGCUGUCCACAGCACUGUUUGAAAAGCCAGCUUUCAAGAACCUGAUUGUGAAUGGUCUCGUGCUGGCUGAAGAUGGCCGUAAGAUGAGCAAGAGUUUGAAAAACUUUACAGACCCUGAAGAGAUCCUGCGGAAGUAUGGUGCCGACGCACUUCGUCUGUACCUGAUCAAUUCGCCCGUGGUGCGUGCUGAGCCUCUCAAGUUCCAGGCCUCAGGUGUGCUCGGUGUCAUCCGUGAGAUCUUCCUGCCAUGGUUCAACUCGGCGCGUUUUUUUGCUCAACAAGCUACUCGUCUCCAGCUGGAAACGGGUGUGGCCUUCGUGCCUGACCGCAAAGCGGCUCUGGCUUCGACAAACGUGAUGGACUUCUGGAUCAUUGCUGCCCUGCACAACCUCAUCAAGUUUGUGCAUGUGGAAAUGAAGGCUUACCGUCUGUACACGGUGGUGCCUCGCCUUGUGAACUUCAUCGGCCAGCUGACAAACUGGUAUGUGCGCCUGAAUCGCCCCCGUCUCAAAGGCAGUGCUGGUAGUGCAGAAGCUGCCGUGGCACUCUCGGCAUUGUACGAGGUGGAGUACAACCUCGCCAAGAUCAUGGCUCCUUUCACGCCGUUCUUCACCGAGUACAUGUACCAGUUCCUUCGUCAAUUCCACCCGAACGUUGUCGAUGGCGCUGAUGCAGACUUGGCUGAAGAUGCCGAUGGCGUGUCGCCAAGUGUUCACUUCCUGAUGCUGCCGGACUUUGAUUCCAGUCACGUGGACGAGGAAGUAGAAGUGCUGAUGCAGAACCUCCAGAGCGUGGUGGAGAUGGGUCGCGUCGUGCGGGAGCGCCGUGCGAUUUCGCUGAAGAAUCCCGUCAUGAAGGUGAUUGUGGUGUCGAGCGACCAGAAAACGCUGGACGGUCUUCGUCGACUGGAGACGUACCUGCACGAUGAGCUGAACGUGCGUGAUCUCGACUUCUCCACUGACGAAAAGGAGUGGUGUGUCCUGAAGGCUGAGGCGAACAGUCGUGCGCUUGGUCGUCGCUUGGGCAAGGCCUUAUCGAGCGUGAAGAAGGAGAUCUCGCAGAUGACACACGACGAUGUCGCUGCGUACGUGUCCAAUGGCAGUGUCACGAUCGAUGGCCACGAACUAACAGGCGAUGAUCUACUGGUGAAGCGUGAGUUCAAGGGCGAUACCAAGGUCUACGAAGCCGAUGUGUCACUUAAGGGUGAUCUCAUGGUGGUCAUUGACACACGGGAGGACGAGCAGCUCAAGAUGCAAGGGUGUGCGCGAGAAGUGAUCACCCGUGUGCAGAAGCUGCGGAAGAAAGCAGGUCUAGUGGUGCAGGACAAGAUCCACGUGUACUUCGAGGAGAAGAACGGCGACGAGGGACCGAUCUCUAAGGCCAUUCAGUCGUCGUUGCCCAUGAUCGCUUCGACGCUGGGUACAGCUCCAGCUCCAGUGUCACUGCAACCGGCACACAGCGUGCCGAUCGUGUCGGAGGAUGCUCAGUUUGCAGCCUCGAGCGUCAAGCUCAUAGUCGCUCGUCCUGCGGUGCUUUUUGCGUCGGCUGAAGUACUAGCCAAGCACGAGGCGGCUAUGCCAGUGGAAGAGUUUACGGCGUACGUGGCUUCGAUGAAGUACGAGGACGUGAAGACUGCGCUCGAGUCUACUGAAAACGCAGUCACUGUUCGCAGCGCAACGGCUGAAGUGACCCUAAAAGCUGAUUUGGAAGUCUUCCUGGACGCAUCGGCGUUGGCAAAGACGCUGGGCGGGGAGUCGAAGCUUUCGUGGCUAGUCAUGUAG